AUGACAGUCACUUAUUCCAGCAAAGUAGCAAAUGCCACUUUCUUUGGAUUUCACAGAUUACUCCUAAAGUGGAAAGGCAGCAUCUACAAAUUGCUGUACAGAGAAUUUAUUGUUUUUGCUACUCUUUACACAGCGAUAAGUGUAUUAUACAGAUUUUUUCUUACAGGUAGCCAAAAAAGAUUCUUUGAAAAAUUAUCUAUUUACUGUGACAGAUAUGCUGAACAAAUCCCGGUAACUUUUGUGCUUGGUUUCUACGUUACUUUGGUGGUGAAUCGCUGGUGGAACCAGUUUGUGAACCUGCCGUGGCCAGAUCGUCUGAUGUUCCUCAUCUCUAGCUGUGUCCAGGGCAGAGAUGAAUAUGGGCGCUUGUUAAGGAGGACUCUUAUGCGUUACGUGAAUUUAACAUCUCUGCUGAUAUUUCGCUCUGUGAGCACAGCCGUGUACAAAAGGUUCCCCACCAUGGACCACGUGGUAGGAGCAGGUUUUAUGACAAGAUACGAAAGAAAAAUUUUUGAUGACCUUAAGUCUCCCCACCUGAAAUACUGGGUUCCCUUUGUUUGGUUUGGAAAUUUGGCAUCAAAGGCCCGAAAAGAGGGAAGGAUUCGAGACAGCGUAGAUCUGCAGACACUGAUGAACGAGAUGAAUAAGUACCGGUCUUGGUGUAGUCUUUUGUUUGGUUAUGACUGGGUUGGAAUUCCACUUGUUUAUACCCAGGUUGUUACUCUUGCAGUCUAUACUUUUUUCUUUGCCUGCCUGAUAGGGCGCCAAUUUUUGGAUACUGACCAAGGGUACCAGGGACAUGACUUGGAUAUUUACAUUCCAAUCUUCACACUGUUGCAGUUCUUCUUCUAUGCAGGAUGGCUCAAGGUCGCUGAACAGCUUAUUAAUCCAUUUGGAGAAGAUGAUGAUGAUUUUGAAACUAACUGGUGCAUUGACAGAAAUUUACAGGUCUCACUUCUGGCGGUGGAUGAGAUGCACAUGAACUUACCAAGGAUGGAGAAAGAUAUUUACUGGAAUGAUUCCUCUGCCCGACCACCCUACACAAAAGCAGCUGCUGAUUACUGUAUUCCUUCGUUUCUUGGAUCGACCAUUGAAAUGGGGCUGGCUGAUACUGAAUUCCUCUAUGGGGAAGAGUGGCCCUGGGAAGAGGAGAAACACCAAAGACAACGUUCAGUGCUGAGAAGAGUCAAGAGGUUUCUCAGCGUCCAUGAGGGCCCACCGUCCCCCGCACACCGGCGCUACAGUCGGCAGACGAGUGAGAAUUCAGUGUUUUUCCCAGCAGAUGAAAAGGGCCACAUCAGACGGCUGCAGGAAAUGCACACAAGAGGGAGACACUCUACCUCGAGCUUCAAGAAGAGGUCCUUCAAUGAAGGAGUUGACAGAAGCAACAGACUUCAUCGUAGCAGAGAUCUGGGACCCAUAACUGAAACUUCAAGGAACGAGGCACAGUUUGGAGACAGUGACACCUCAUCGGAGACAAACAAGCCAGUUCCUGAGGUCAUCAUCUCUGAAGCUGAGGAGAAAGCACCUGAUGUGCCGGGCAAACCAGAUCUGCAAACAGAGCUCACUGCAAGCGUGCCAGUAGAGAUGCUUCAAAGGAGACUAACUGAGGGAAAUGUGACUUUUCUGGACCAUCCUUUUUUCCCCCCAGAAAUGACUACAUACCUCCCAGACUCUGAGGUGCAUCAGUCACUUCCUACUGUGAUAGGGGAGCCCAAGCAUGAACCCCAUGGUAGUAACAUAGCCGGUUUCAUAACAGAUCAUGAGAGAAACCUCCAGCGAUGGAGUUUACCGAGCUUCCAUAGUCCUAGUACAGCACCAAAUGCUGACACUGCAUCGCCUUUAACAGAUUCUGGGACGACUUCACAACAAGGGACCUUCAGUGACGAAAAAACUGUUACUCCUUCCGAUGCUCCAGAGACAUUUGAGAUGCAGCACUUAUGGGAAAACUUGGAUAGUAAAGAAACAGCCAUAGUAGAAUUUUCUAAUGAGAAAAGUGAAAAAAAACUUUGA